AUCCAAUUUAGACCAUAUAUGCUGCAGAGAUAUGUAGCUUCUGAGCAGAUAUAUCAAAUGCGUCAAAAAUAUCGCCGAAUACUGGCAUGCAAUGAAACAAGCAUCUGAUGACCCGUAACAGCUAUUCAAGCGAUCCGAUUGGAGGCUGGGGUUCCUAUAUUUACUCCUGGACCACGACAGGAUGCUGCCACUGUAAUCCGCCAAAAUUGAACAUCGGCAAUACUAAAAUUAGGGGUUUAUUCUUUGGCAGCUCGACGUUCAUUGUAUGCAGCCUCCACAUCCUACUUUUUCCGAUACCAUAUUCUGAGGGGUUGGGACAGAAGCGGGGAUACGGUUAGAUCUCGGACGGAUCGUUUUCAAAACGGUGAUCUAGUGAUUGCUAGUGGCUUUGGUAUGAGUACUCGCAACAGCAACUUACUCGUAUUAUAUGAUCGGGUACUCUACGUACAGUAGGAGUGAGCAGGAUACAGGGACCCCGCAACAACCAGAACUGCUACCGGUACUGUACGUACUCAGAUAUUGCACAAGUACCCUCCAUCGGCAUGAUAUCAUAACUUAUAGUGUUGACAUGCUGUAGGUUAAAUGAAUCGUGUGUAUGAUACCGCACCUAGUCAAUCGUUUCAGGCCUCCUAGGGCUCCCGCCAUCAGGAGUGCACGGCGACGACGCAAACAUCCCCCCAACAACGAAACCUUUCCUACCACAGCUCCUUCCAUCUUACGCCCCACAAGUCAACAAACUUCAGGAGAAGGAAAGAAAAGAAAAAAAGUCAACAACGCAUCCAAACCUAACCAGUCAAACCACCAAAAAUGUUUAGGCGCAAGAACAAGGCGGGUAGGAACCUGGCAGAUAUUGAGUUUCCCCAUGAUCUAAAGGAGCUAGGGUGCGUUUGCCUUUCCCUCCCGCAUUUGUUACUACGACCCACAAGAGGAGGAGAGUCACUAACCUGCGGGGCGACCCCACUUGAUCAGCUUUUUCAUCAACGAGAAGGAUCAGCUUCGCCAAAUUGAAAAUCCUGAUGAAGGAUUCGACUACUUUGCCCAUGGAAGACACCAUGGGUACAUGUACGCAGCGAAUGGUGGCCAUGGUGUGCCAAGGGAGAGGCUGAAUGAGCGUCGUCGCGAGGCCGUUGAUGGUACCAACCCAUUCCAGAAAAAACAAAAUAAAUACCCCGAAAAAUGUGCCGGAAGAAGCUAAGAAAGACGAACGAAUAGCGUGUCUCCGCGGUAUCGUCAUCACUCGGCUCGAAGGGCUAGGAUUAACUAAAUUACUUCUGCCAUUCGGUGCCAGUGUAGAAGAACCGCAUGUUCCUAUCAUGGUGUCACAAAAUCUGCAAACCUGCAGUAAGGUUCUCGUGCUUUCUCCAGAUAGUAACUCCGGAGGCCUCGGUAUCUGGUGCAUGCGUAGCAUUGAGGAAGGCGCCUUGAAUGUAAGGGGCAUCGUCCUUUUACUUCUCCCUCCUCCCUUAAGUAAUUAAUGGUCGGACUAAGGCGGUAUAGGGUGGAUCGAUGAUUGAUGCGGUUAAACAUGCCCUGGAAUUUGGGUACGGAGUGGUUAUCAUGAACUCUGGUCAACUGCUUUGGGACUACACGACUAAGACUCCAAUGGGAUUUGGUACAUGGAGGGCAACCAAGGAUAAAAAAAUCCCAAUCAACGCACUCAAGAAUACAGUACCAUCGCACAAGAACCCUGAGGAGCAUGUGGGCUAUGUGUUUAGACAUGUGUUGGACAAGAUUGUGCCAAGUCAUGCUGAAAUUGAUAUCAUAGCAUGCGGGAUGGUUGCAUACACUGUUGUCGCGUUUCUGAACAAUAACUGUGGGUUCUAUUUCCAGUUUUAUGUUACCAUGCGUGAAGGAAGGGUUAUUGUUGAGCACAACGCUGACUACCGAUUUGCAGGGGAUGAUUGGAAAGACCGGAUCUUCGCUUUGGUCAUGGCAGAAUCCGCACAUUGCCUGCCCAACAUUACCAACAUUGAACUCCAACAGUUUCUUAUGCAGGUUAACUUUCUCCACCGCAUCUAGCACUAGUUUUCGGAUUAACAAUUCUCUCUAGAGGGCCCGUAACUACAUCGUCCAUAGUAAGCCCCGCGAGUCUGUGAUUCUCGAUCCACGAUUCGGCUGUGCUACCUUCUCUUCAUGUAAGCUAGCACCUUUUCUGGCAGCCACUUCUUCGGAUUAGUUCUUACACUGACUGCUUUACAGCGGCUACAUGGCCAAGUGCAAUUAUCCCCGCGUGCUUAGACUUGUUCAUGGACUAUCUUAACAAAGCGCAUGCAGACCCGGAAAACUGCAACCCUGAUGUUCCAGUAAUUGUUGGGGAUGUCCCAGACCAUGAAGAAUGGUUGAAUGCAAUGAAGAGUGUAGAUAAAAAUCCUGAACUCCAUGUAUUGGAUACUGAUUCGUAUUCUGAGAUUGAUAAGGAGGAAGCAGCCGCAGAAGCUUGAUGCAUAGAGGCGAAUCAUGAUAUCUAGCUCCUAAAAAAAAUUCAAUGGCAGUUCUUACAUUGUCUAGUUCCUCAC